AUGAUUAUCUGGUUGUCCGUGUUGAUCUCUCCGGAGGCAUUCCGAGAUGAAAGUUUGGUAACGUGUGUGUUACUUUGCGUUUGCCAGGUUGAAGAGCGACUCGGGGACAAGUUCGAUAACCUGAACGAGAAGAUCGAGAACAUGAAAGGGAUCCGGAUGUUCCAAGAACGACUGGAGAAGAAGGGCCAGGCUGGGUUCAGUCGCAGUUUCGACGAGGGUGACGAUGCCCUGAGUGGAGCUUCUUCAUCAGCCGCGAGUGCUGCUGCUGGAACCCCGUCACCUGCUUUGAGUGUACCGAGUUCCCCGUUGGCCCCGGAAACACUGACGCAGGGCGGAGAAACCGGAAUCAGUUCCGAACUCAGUUCUUCCUUGUCCCGCACACCGCCGCAAAAUUCGUCUGGUUUAGCUUCGCCUUCCUCUGGCCGGUUCACGUUUCCCGGAUCCUUGAACGACUUGCGUCAUCGACGCAAACGCGACAAGGAAGCCGCGUCGUCGUUGACGACAACGACGACGGGAUCGUCGACGUCGAUUGCGUAUUCGUCCCUGCUUCGCGAAGACACGGACGGGGAACGAGAGCACGACGUGGCGGUGUCGACGCAUUUGAGUGUCGGACGGUGUCCGAGUUUGCAGACGGACUCGACGACGGCGCGGAGUUUGUACGGGCCUCCUUCUCAAGUGUCGCCGUCGGGGAAACGUCCGGAUACUUUGGAGAUGCCGCGCAAAGAAGCCGGCGGCGAAAUCAACCUCCGAGCGAAAUCAUCUCCGUCCAUGUCGAGGAGCAGGAAUGAGUCCGAGAACGAAGACAGCGUUUCCGUGCGGCCGAGAAGCACGGUUACCAUCACAACUGCAGCCGUAGCAAUGUGCAUGAUUGCCUGCUCUCUAUACUUUGGAUUCGCAGUCGUCUGGUUCUUGUGUGGGUUCCUGACGUGUUUGGCCCUGCGGGAGCUAGUGGUGCCGGCGGUUUUUGGGCCAGCCAAGAUCCCGAAACCGUCCCCGUUGCCGGACUAUUCCUCGAUGCCGCCGCUGACGAUUGAGUCGACUGAAGACAGGAUUGAAAUGGAGUCUGGGGUCUUUGAAGAGCGACCAAUGCCGGUUUAUCAGGGUUGGAUGUUUGAAUACCCGAAAGACUCGUGGGAUCCUACGACGAAUCGCAUGAAGAACCUGUUGCCGAUUUACGUUCGACUCGAAGGUUCCAAACUCGUUCUGACUGGAACCAGGUCAAAAAUUCCCAUGCGUAUCAUGUGGAACGAAACCGCGCUUGAUCCAGUAUUUACGUCCCGUCGGGAGUUUGACAUUGCGGGAUGUCCAGUUUACCUUCUUCCUUUCACUCUUUCAAGAACCAGGCUGUGGAACCGGAAAUAUCCGAUUGUGAUAGAUUUGCGUCAACCGGAACAGGACACUCCAGAGACUCGUGAAAACAACAACAAAGGCUGUGACCAGCAACCGAAACCUGAACCGGAGAAGAACGAAAAACCUGCUGUCGACGACCCAAAGGAAGAGAAAAGCACGUCGAAGCGUUUGAAAGGUGGUGGAUCGACCAACAGUAAGAAACGUCGCGUUGUCGGAGUUUUGCAUCGAAUGGCCAACAAACCGAAUCCAUAUGCAGAAUCGGAAGCAUCGGAUAUAGGCUCCCCGGAUUGCGACCAGUCGCCGAAUUUUGAAUUGAUCGACGCUGGAAUGUGUUCUCAAGAACGGCUGUAUAUCUUUGCCAGAGCCGAUCGGGAGAAGGAAGAUUGGUUCAGACGAUUGUCGGCCGCCUCCAAAGGACUGGAUUUGAACGGGGCAGUGCCGUCACACUCCUCGACCCCUCUGAACAAAAGCAACGAGGAGAACUGGUCUCAGAGAGCUUUAGAUGUUUGGAUCGACACCUUGUCAUCCUACUAUUCCCCUUCCGUUCGGCAAAGUAGAAAGAUGAUCGAUUUUGAAGACUAUAUGCGAAACAUAUUUCGCAGCCAAGUGUUGGAUGACCGCGUGCGAAUCAACCUCGGCGUUUACAAGGGACCUCGGAUCCUGCGUGUGAGGUUUAAGAAAUCGCGCGGGAUGGGGAAAAGCUGUGCGAACGCGCCCGCAGAGGAGGACCCGGUUUGUGUGAACGUAGUGGCCAAGGGUCAAAACAGCUCCGGCAAAUCCCCGGGCCAAGACGAAGAAUCUGUUCCGAACGGCACUGGAGGGAAGACCAUUCAGAACAUCAAGCGGAAGGCCUUUCACAAGCUCGAGACUGCUAAGACGAAAACGCUUGACAAGCUCGAUGGGCUCAUCUCGCGCCGUCCGCAGGGCAUCGACCUAGAGAUUACGGAGUUGGAUGGAGAACAGGAGACUGGCGUGGAUUCGGUUGGUGAAGAUGUCACAGCGUUGGACGCUGACCUGAGGCCAGUGUCUCCGUUGGACACUUCUAGCGAAACGGCGGGUUUUGAAGCUUCGAAAGCGUCUCCGGAAGUCGUUGCUGCGACUCCAGACUCGACGGAGGGCCAGGAUGCUGAAACAAUCGCUGGAUCGAUGUUCCAUACCCUACAUCCGACGGAAGUUGCGUCUCAUGUGCGGUGGUUGAACUGCCUGUUGUCGCGACUCAUGUUCGACUUUCUGUGCGAUCAGGAUUUUGAAGACAUGGUUCGGCACAAAAUUUCAUCCAAGCUCAAAAAUAUACGCGUGCCUGGAGUGGGGAAGAUUGCAUGUAUUGAUUUGGACCUGGGAAGCAGCUUGCCGAUCAUUCACCGGACGUCAGCGCCAGUCAUGGACGAGCGCGGAUUCUGGAUUGACUUUGACAUUUCUUAUGGGGGCGGGUUCCGGAUAGCCAUAGAAGCCAAUAUAGACCUUAGGACGUUGGGGAACGAUCAGGAUCACCAAGACGAACAGCAGAAUGCAUCUGUGGCGAGUGAUGACUCCCCUGGACCAACUCCAGAAACUGCAUCUGUAAAAGGAAAUUCCGAUGACGAAUACAGUCCGUCGAGUGAAGACGAAGAUGGCGGAGGUUCCACGACAAUCAAGAGAAUAUUCGACCGUGUGACGACGUCAAAUUAUUUCAAACACGUGCGUGAACUCAAAUAUGUCAAAAAGGGUGUCGAGGCUUUGGCGAAGACCCCGUUGCUUCUCUCUGUCGAGCUUAUACAAGUAUUCGGUGUGCUCACCAUCAACAUUCCUCCUCCGCCUGCGGAUCGCGUUUGGUGGGGCUUCAGAAAAAAACCGCACUUGUUGAUCUCUGCACGGCCAAAAGUUGGCCAAACCGCAGUGAAUUUAUCACACUUGGUGGAGCUCAUUGAAGCCAAGCUGUUGGAACAGGUUGAUUCGCAAAUUGUAAAUGUCGCCCUGUUUAUUUCUUCUGCGCAGAAAUUCCUCGUUUUCCCGAAUAUGGACGAUAUCAUUGUUCCCCUCAUGACUCCAGUGAGCGCUCAAUUCUUGCGUGCACAGUCCUGCAUUCAAGUGAAGAUGGAUGCCGCAAAAAACAAAAAACCGUCCUUCCUUUCUGCCUCUUGA